AAGAUUUUUUUCACUCUUAGUAGAAGAAAGUUAUAUCGUAGUUGACAUUUUUGAGGUCAUAUCAGAACAUAUAUAGAACAUAUGUAUUGUUUCACGGGGACAAGAAAGAAAUUGUAUCAUAAAAACUAAAGUUGACAUUCAGCUGUUUUUUUCAUUCAUUCCUCUUUUCGUAACGCCACCAGCUAGACUGAAUUGAAAAAUAUACGUAUUAGAUUUGAAAUACUUAUAAAAUUGAGAGGGAAACAAUGUAGCAUUCAUUGAUGGAGUAUUUACCUGCUGUUAUCAUUAUGCUGUCGAGUUUUCGAUGUGUGGAAAAAAGUAAAAGAGUUUUAAUAAUAUAGAAGGUUUUUGACAAUUUGCCAAAUGUAGCUUUCAGUCUGUAUAGAAAGUGUUAAGCAAAGACAAUGGAUAGCAGUAAUGCUGGACCACUGGUGUUAGAAACUUUGGCUAAUGCCAGCAAUCAGAAUGCAUGUGUGUUUAAAAUAGCAGAAAAACAGCUCCACGAUUGGGAGACUCAACCUGGAUUUUAUUCCAUUCUAUCUGAAAUUUUCCGCAACCAUGAGGUAGACAUUAAUGUACGAUGGCUGGCUGUGAUGUAUGUGAAGAAUGGAGUGGAGAGAUAUUGGAGAAAGAAUGCUCCUAAUGCGAUUGCUGAAUCAGAAAAGGAAGGAAUAAAACAGAGACUGCUGUCUAAUUUCACAGAACCUGUACCCCAGAUUGCUAUACAGCAAGCUGUGCUGAUUGGGAAGAUAGCACGAUUAGAUUGUCCACGGUUCUGGACUAAUUUGCUGCCCACACUGUUUCAAGCAGUUCGCUGUCCUGACCAUCUCAUCCAAGAGAGAGGGCUGUUGACACUGCACCAUGUUACAAAGAUGCUGGCUUCGAAGAGACUGUCUCAUGACAGAAAACUAUUUGAGGAUUUGACAAAUGAAAUUUUUGGCUUCGUUCUACGGCUGUGGCAGAGUCACUUGCAAGAUUUUCUUGAGGCUGCAUCAAAACAUGAUGAAAAAAUGGGUCCUUCAUUGGACAAGGCUAUUCUGGCCUGCAGGAUUUUACGAAAACAAAUUGCCCAUGGUUUCAAGGAUCCCACCUGCAGUAAUGAUGCCAGUAAUUUCCUAAGCCAAAUAUUUCCCAGUAUGAAGAGCAUGCUUGAAUGCAGACAGAGUAUGUGGGGGAACCAUUUUAUUCUUGAGAAGUGUGAAAAGAUGAUAAUCCUUCUGACUAAAGUGCUGCUGGACCUACUGGAGUUACAUCCUGUUGCCUACACAAGCCUUAUUAGGCCAACUUUAGAGUUUGCUGUCAGUUACAACUUCUCGGAAAAUGAUAAAGGACUGUUGUUUGAACGAUUCACUGUAAACACCUUUAACUUGAUCAAGGGAAUACUGCAGAACGAAAUGUACAGACCUUUAAAGAAUGAGGAAGAAUCUCAGGAGCCCAUGAGGCAGGAAGCAUUCAAGAUGAAGGCAGAAUUCUUUAACCAUGGGACAUUGUCGGAGAUAUGUCGCCGUCUGGUGUCACAGUACUUCCUCCUGUCAGGAGACGACUUAUCCACCUGGGACACAGACCCUGAGGAGUUUUGUCAAGAAGAGGUUGGAGACUCCUACAGAUAUUCUAUACGACCAUGUACAGAAUCACUCUAUAUAGCAUUAUUUAAGGAGUAUCGCUCCUCCCUGAUCCCAGUACUCUUACAGAUGGUACAAUCUGUUCAGGCACCUUGUGAUCCGGAGGAUAUGGCAGCGAUUCUUCGGAAAGAUGGAGUGUACAAUGCUGUCGGUCUAGCCUCUUUUGAACUGUUUGAUGAAAUCAACUUUGAUGAAUGGUUUGCCUCCCAUCUGCGACAGGAGCUGCAAAUAAAACAUGUCAAUUACCGGAUUAUUCGCCGACGAGUGAUCUGGCUGUGUGCCCAGUGGGUGGGUGUGAAUAUGGCUGUGGGGACACGCCCACUUUUGUACCAGGCUGUACUCCCUCUUCUUAACAACGAAGAAGAUCUGGUGGUACGGAUAGAGGCUUCACUUACCCUUAAAACUGCUGUGGAUGAUUUUGAAUUUAAUGUUGAUCAGUUUUUACCUUAUCUUAAUGCUUCCUUCUCUAUGUUGUUUGAACUUCUGCAAGAAGUGCGUGAAUGUGAUACAAAGAUGCAAGUGCUACAUGUGAUAUCGUUUGUGAUAGAGAGGGUGGGGGCCCAGAUCCGGCCCUACACCACCUCCCUCAUCCAGUACCUACCGUCCCUGUGGCAAGAGUCAGCUGACCACAACAUGUUGCGAUGUGCUAUUCUGACAACUCUCAUACACAUUGUACAGGGUUUUGGAUCAAUCUGUUCCAACAUGUAUGACUUCCUGCUGCCGAUUAUACAGAUAAGCACGGAUGUAACACAAGAUCAGCACAUCUACCUAAUGGAGGAUGGCCUUGAACUCUGGCAUGUGACCUUGUUGAAUGCUCCUAACAUAACCGAACAGCUUUUACAGCUAUUUAAAAACAUGUCAGGCUUGCUAGAUCUUGGAACGGAAAACCUUCGGAUGUGCCUCAAAGUGAUACAGGCUUAUAUAGUGCUGGGUCCCAGAGAUUUUAUGCAGAGGUUUUCCUCAGAAUUGGCUUCCUCUCUAACAAGUUUGUUGACUGAUCUUCGUACCGAGGGUAUUGUUCUCAUUUUACGUGUGAUAGAACUUGUCUUUCAAAGCUUCCCUUCAGAAGGUCCUGAGGUAUUCCGUCGACUUUUACCGAGUCUUCUGAAGGCUGUUAUAGAAGGGGAGGAACACCCUAUGGUUCUAACUGUCUAUCUGGGACUGUUUGCCAGAAUACUCCUUCAAAAUCCGGAAUUUAUGUGGAAAUUCCUGAAUGAAGUAGCUCCAGAAUUUGGUAAAACAAGUGAAGCAUUGCUGGGUAACAUUGUGGAUAUGUGGGUGAAUAAGAUAGACUGUAUUGCCCAGCCAGAACGACGCAAACUGAUAGCGCUUGGAGCUUGUUCACUUCUGUCACUCAAACUGAGCACUGUGAUGGAGAAGUUUGCAGGAAUUGUAUGUCUGAGUGUAGAGGUCUUACAUGAUGUUAGCACCAUUCCUGUGGAUGAGGACGCUGCGCUACAACUAGACUCCUUGGUGUUGUCUGACCAGGAUGACACUACAGAAGAUGGUGAGCAAGAGACAGAACAUGACAAACGCAAGAGGAUGUUGUGCCGACAAGACCCAGUGCACAUGGUGCCCCUGAAGGAGUAUGUCCUGUCCCAGUUAACUGCCUGUCAGCAGCUACACGGCCAGGUCACCUUUGACAAACUCAUGUCCCAGGUCGACCCAGAAAUUCUCCAACAGCUGCGCGAGUUCUCUGGCUGAGUGUGGUGCUUUUCAAAGUGGUUAUUGUACCCUAGAAUGAAUGUGGAACUUUUGAUUAAUUUAUUCCAUUACCUGUUACUUUUGUGCUGUUGUCUCAGCAAUCUUUUCUGUUCAUAGUUGAAAUUCACAGAGGUUAUUUCAUCAACUGAAUGCUUGUCAGUCUCAAUAUCUGAAAAGGACAUGUAAGUUAUUUGACAUUAGUUGAAAUUUUCCAUUUUGCAGAAGAUAUGGAGUUUCAAAAUUUAAAUUCUGCAGACAGAACAGCAUUGGAGAGUGACUGUGUUUGUUCAGAAUACAACUAAGAUAAAUAUUUUCAGUGAAGUAUCUAAGAAUGAUGUUACAAGUUUGUUUGUGUUCAAAGUGAAUGUACUGUGGUGAUUGUGUGUAGGAAAUGAAGUGCACCACCAGAGGUGUUCAGGACAGCUUUAUGUACUGUAAAUUAAGUCUUUCAUUCAAUUUCUAGCCUCAUAGAUAUGUUGAUAUCAUUCUACCAAAAAAUUCAUGCAUUACUGAAGGGGAGAUUCAAAAAAAAAUUGUGAAAUGUGGGUGACCUACCCUGGUAUAUACUGACAGUAGAUGACUGAAGAAAUGAGGGGCAUGAUAUGGCGGUUUUACUAGAUGUUUUAUUUUCAAAUACAGAAAGGAAAGCAUUCCAUUGGAAUUAAAAAAUGAAAUGGCUGGAUAUGUGAUAAUUUUAAGAUUUAGAAAGUAAUUGAAUCACUAAUUUUUAAAAAGUAUUU